AUGACGUGGGCGUGGGCUGGGGGACGCUGCGACGCAAGCCUGCGGUGGGGGGCGACGCGCCACGCUGGGGUGGUGGCCGUGCACGGGUGGCUGGACAAUGCUAACUCGUUCGACACGCUGUGCCCUCCUGCCCGGCGGGCGUGGAGGUGCUGGCCCUCGACCUCCCGGGCACGGCCUGUCGACCACCUGGCCCUCGGCGCGCACUACAACCCCUUCACGUACGCCUUCAACCUGCGGGCGGCCGUGACGGGGCUGGGCUGGGCUCGGUUCGCCGUGAUGGGCCACAGCAUGGGCGCCGCCGUCGUCAACUACUUCGCGGCGCUGUUCCCCGAGUUCGUGGAGGGCGUGGUCAGCCUGGACUUCCUGCGGCCGUUCCACCUGCUGGAGCCCGUCGACCGCUGGCGCACCUACGCCUUCGACCUGUUCAAGUACGAGCAGUUCGAGCCCGGCGCCGGCACCGUGUACUCGGAGGCGGAGGCCGUCGACCGCCUCGUGACGGCCCGGGCCAUCGGCAACGACGACGAGGUCAACGUGUCGCGCGAGGCGGCGCAGACGCUGCUGCCCCGCUCGGCGCGCCGCGUGGAGGACGGCUACGUGUGGGGCCACGACCCGAAGGCGCGCGCCACCUUCCUCACCGUCUUCGGCGGCCGCAACUGGGUCGAGGCCAUCGCCGCCGUCCGGUGCCCCGUCCUGGCCGUGGUGGCCACCAGGGGCGUGUGCACCAUGCCCGUGCGCUUCUACACCCGUGUCUUCGAGACGUACAACGCCAACGCGGCGUGGUUUUCGCACGAGGUGGUGGAGGGCGCGCACCACGUGCACCUGACGCACCCAGAGCGCGUGGCGCCCGCCGUCGCCCGCUUCCUGGGCGACCUUCGGGACGCAGAGGGUGCGGCGCCAAGGCCAGGCUGUGAGGCGGGGGCGCGGGGUCACAGCUGUAAGAUUCAUGUCAUGUAUAUGUCACAUUUCUUAUCAGUAUUAUCACAUGGAUUGUAGCUGUUGGGUAAAGCUCUAUCAUUUUAUUAAAGGAUAUCGAUAAGUAA